AUGCGCGCGCGCACACGCGUUCGCCCCGAAUCCACCCCCGAACGCGCUCGUGGCGGUGGACACACGCGUGCAUCCGUCUCGACCGCGUCCCGUCGCGCGCGGCGCGCGUGUGCGCGCGUGACGUCGACGAAUGCAUCAUCACGCGCCAAGGACAAGAUUUGCAUCUUACCCGGUCUCGGCAACGCGAGCGGUGAUUACGACGCCCUCGCCGCGCUGUUUCGCGCCCGUGGACACGCGGUCGCCAUAGCGCCCGUGUCCCGGGUGGAUUGGUUGCGAAACGCCGCGGGAGCGGUGACCGCGGAGUAUUGGCGCGGGACGCUCGCGCCGAGGCCGUUCGUCGACUGGUACCUCGAGCGCAUCGAGCGCGCGUGCGGUGCGUUGGACGACGAACGCGGUGACGCCAUCGCGCUCGUCGCGCACUCCGCGGGGGGGUGGUUGGCGAGGGUGUACGUCGACGCGUACGCGACGGACGCGCGCGCGCGGUCGGUGGGAAAACUGGUCACGCUCGGGUCGCCGAUGAAACCGGUGGACGCGAGCGCGCCGGGGGUGAUCGAUCAGACGCGAGGGAUAUUGAAUUGGGUCGAAGAAAAUUGUAGGAGUGCCGAGGCGUACGAAACCGAGCUCGGGAUCGAGGUGACGUGCGUGGCGGGGACGUACGCGCGCGGGUCCGAAGACGUCGCGAACGUCGCCGCGUUCGGCAUCGGCCUGGGGUAUAAGAUGGUGUGCGGCAAGGCGGACGUCGAGGGCGACGGCAUCACCCCGUGCGAGACCGCCAUCAUGGACGGCGCGCGGGGUUUGAUCUUGCCCGGGGUGUAUCACACCCCGCUCGGGUCGUCGACGACGAGCGCGAAACCGCGCGCGUGGUACGGAAGCGAAAAAAUCUUCAACUCGUGGGUCCGCGACGUCUUCGGCGAGUGA